ACGGGGAUGUCAGGCCUCUUAGGGAGGUGGAUUGUGGUGAUGUUGUGAGCAGGUGUGCGUGGGCGGGUGUGAGCGAGGCACUAGCAGGCUACAAUAUUGGCAGGCUACGGCUACAGAAUCCCACAUCGCCUAGGUGUGGAAGGGGAAGUGCUAUACAUGUAAGAUUGGUACACUCCAAAUGGUACGAGGCUUUUUGGGGUAAGACCCACGAACAAAAUCGUGCGGCUCGGACCCAAAGCGGACAAUAUCAUACCGCAUGGUGGAGUGGGUCGUUGCAUAAAUUGUGUGAUUUUUCUUAUUGUUCUCAUCCCUUUAUACAUCACAUAGUUCCACACUGCACACAUAACAAACUGGGAUCUCACAAACACUUGCACUGGUGCACAACCUCAAUGGCCCUAAACAUAGCCCUCUGUAGCAGCAACUCUCCUCUUCCUCCUAACCCACUUCUUCAUCUAUUUCCUCCUCUUAAACCCCUCUCACCACUUCCCACCUGCCCAAGAGGGUUGCUGAUCUUUGGUGCCCUUCCCCAACUAGGCAACAAUGGCCAUGUUGCACUAGGUAACAUGGCCAAGAAGUAUGGACCCGUCAUGUACGUCAAAAUGGGCACUUGUAGCAUGGUCGUGGCCUCCACUCCGGACGCUGCUCGGGCGUUCUUGACAACCCUAGAUCUAAAUUUCUCAAACCGUCCACCGAACGUCGGUGCAACCCACCUCGCCUAUAAUUGUGGGGACAUGGUGUUCGCGAAUUAUGGGCCUCGGUGGAAGUUGCUUAGAAAACUAAGUGACCUACACAUGCUUGGUAGGAAGGUUGUGGAAGAUUGGUCACAUCCGAGCCAUCAAGCUAGGGCAUAUGCUUGGGACUAUGUACGAUAUGAGCUGCCAUGGAAAACCGGUGGUGGUGCCGAACAUGCUGUGCUACUCAAUAUCGAACAUUAUUGGGCAAGUGUUAUUGUGCUAGCUUCUGCUUUUCAUUUUUUUGUAUUUUCUGCUUUUCGUUUUUCUGACUCAAAGUCUAAUGAGUUCAAGGACAUGGUGGAGUUGAUGAGCACAACGGGGUAUUUCAAUAUUGGUGGUAUUUAUACAUUCGAUAGCGUGGAUGGACUUGCAAGGGAUCAAGCGUGGGAUGAAGUGGUUACAUAA